ACGUAAAUGGUUGGUGAACUACACUUCCGGUGUUUAACAGACUCUCUGUCCUAAUGCUAGUCGUGUAGACACUGGAUCGGUAUAUUCAGCUGACACAUGCGAUGGGACUCGUGCAAGAAAUCUCAAACUGGCCUAAAGUAUCAAAGUUCACUGUGUCUGCAUGUGCUGCCAGUGUGGCUGAACUGGUAACGUUCCCUCUUGAUCUUACAAAAACGAGGCUUCAAAUACAAGGUGAAAAUGCUCCUGAGAAGCUCAGCAAGAGUGGAAGUGUAAAGCCUGUGUAUAGAGGAAUGCUCCACACAGCUGUGGGAAUAGUGCGAGAAGAAGGACCACUAAAAUUAUGGCAAGGGGCAACACCUGCAAUCUUCAGACAUAUAGUUUAUUCAGGGGGCAGGAUGCUAGCCUACGAACAGCUCCGGGAUUUUGUCUUGGGAAAAUCGGAAGAUGGCAGCUUUCCUUUUUGGAAGGCUGCAUUUGCUGGCAUGGUAUCUGGUGCUCUUGGCCAAUUCUUGGCCAGCCCCACUGAUCUGGUUAAGGUACAGAUGCAAAUGGAAGGGAGAAGAAGGCUGGAAGGCAAACCACCACGAGUUCAUGGGGUUAUUCAUGCCUUUGUGAAGAUUGCGCGGGAAGGAGGGAUCCGGGGCCUCUGGGCUGGUUGGGUGCCCAAUGUACAGAGAGCGGCUUUGGUCAACCUAGGAGACCUUACAACCUAUGACAGCGUGAAGCACUUUUUACUAAGACAUAGUUCUAUAGGGGACAACUGUCUGUGUCAUGGAAUAGCAAGCACUUGUUCUGGUCUAGUAGCAGCUAUGAUGGGAACACCAGCUGAUGUAGUAAAGACGAGAAUAAUGAACCAACCUUGUGAUUCAAAUGGAAGGGGUCUCCUGUACAAGUCAUCCAUAGACUGCCUGGUUCAGUCUGUUAGAGCAGAGGGAUUAUUGACACUUUAUAAAGGCUUCAUACCAACCUGGUUAAGAAUGGCUCCCUGGUCUAUGACAUUUUGGCUAACCUUUGAGCAAAUCAGAUGUGCCGUGGGAAUUAGUUCAUUCUAAACAUAUCAAUCAAAGAAGAAAUAAAA